UAAUGGCGGCUAACGAGUGAAUUCAAACUGGAAGUCGAUGAGGAGUUUUUAAAGUUUCAUGGAUCGAAAUACCACUCCCCGAAAAAAGCGAAAUAUGUCUAUUUCGAAUCCACGUCAACGGAGUAUUUCACAAUAUUUUACUCCUAGAAGUGGUAUCAGUAAAGAAGACGUGAACUUCCUCGUUAAACCAACUGCAAAUCCCUCUACGCGUACGCCCGGUAUUGCAACCUGUGGUUCUAUUUUGAACGGACAGCGCGGAUUCAAAGAUCAAGUGACACUUUCACCCACACUUGGAUUCACUUCAGCCGCUAACAUUUAUUUGCAAACUGGAAAAUGGAGCUCAGGAACUCAAAAGCACUCAAUUGCAUCUGUAGAGCGCAAUUUAGCGAGUGUUACUAGCCAACCGGAGGAUUUCCAAGUUCCUUGUAAUUCCAGCUCAAAAACUUGUUCCUCUGAAGGAAAACAAUCGCUCAUUGACGGAUAUACACGUGUUCCUGACUUUGUGGCUUCAUCUUCGUUCUCUUCGCCAUCUUCCAGUUCUUGUUUAAAUACGCUUACAUCCAGUUUAUCAUCGUCGAGUCCGUCGGCGCGAAACAUGAAACGCGCUCCUCGAUCAACCAGAACGCAAAAGAACUUGAAGGGAAAAUCUGGAAAGAAUCAGAGGAGUGCCCUGAAUACCAUCUUCGUCAAAAGCGAUGAUGAAGGUUCUUCAAAUGACAGUGACUGCUGUUUAACUAUGAACGUUGUUCAUGGAAGAAAAGCUAAGCGUGAUUCUGAUGUGAGAGGAAACUCUACAUGUAGUACAUCACAAGCUUACUGGAAUGAUUUCUGCAUUCAUAGUGGUCAAGUGAGCCUGGAAAGUGCAGUCAGCAAAAGAGGAUGCAAGAAAAAUAAUUCUAUAUCUUCUCAAUCUACUAAGCAAGCCAAAACAAAAUCAUCAUCAAGUUCAACAUUUGGUCUUUUUGGUGGUGACAUUAUUGAUUCUGAUGAGGAAGACGAUUCUCAAGAUUUCAAUCAAUGCAGUACUGAUUUAACUCAUUUGCCUGUGGAGAUUUUGGAGAACAUUUUGUGUCAAUUGCCUAUAGUGGAUUUGAUGUUGAAUUGUGCCUUAGUGUGCCAUCAGUGGUACAACAUAAUAUCAAAGGAUUCUUUCAUUCCUUGGAAGAAGAAAUAUUUUCUUCUAAAGAAAAAGGACAAUUCAUCUGAAGAUUUUAUGAUUGAACUACUGGAUACAAAAGGACUACUAGAGGUGGAUUUGUUUCCACUGAAUCUCUCAAGAUAUGUUGCAGAGCAGCGAUUGUUAUAUUUGGCACAGAUGGCUUCCCAUACUAAGCAAGCUAAAACAAAAUUAUCGUCAAGGUCAACAUUUGGUCUUGUUGGUGGUGAUGUUAUUGAUUCUUAUGAGGAAGAUGAUUCUCUAGAUUUCAAUCAUAGUAGUACUGAUUUCAGUCAUUUGCCUGCUGAGAUUAUGGAGAAUAUUUUCUGUCAGUUACCUAUCGUGGAUUUGAUGUUGAAUUGUACCUUGGUGUGCCACCAGUGGUAUAACGUAAUAUCACAGGAUUCUUUUAUUCCUUGGAAGAAGAAAUAUUUUCUUCUAAAGAAUAAGGACAAUUCAUCAGGAGAUGUCAUGAUUGAACUACUGGAGAGAAAAGGACUUUUAGAGGUGGAUAUGUUUCCAUUGAAUCUAUCAAGUUUUAUGAAAGAUUUUAAAAGAAAAGCAAGUUCAUCUUCAAUUGAAAAGUUAAAGACACAUCCCAAGUUCCCUUUGAUAGAGACAUUCUUGGAAACUCUUACCAGCAGCUCAAGAGAGGUUCCUAGUCCUUGGUCUGUUGUAGCACUUCUGACACUGGUUUGCCAAACAGUUUAUGAAGUACAAGAAAUAGUCCAUUGUUUGACAAGGUCCACAUCCUGUCUGGUACAUGACAUUCUGGAAUGUCUUUACUGUCUGGCAUCAAUCUUUUACUACCUGGAGUCACAAAACAGAAUUGGAAGUGGUCUUCACUACAGGGUGUUCUAUACACUGUAUUUGUAUGAGAAUGCAUUCCGAGCCACAUGUGCAUCUCUUGGUUCUGUAUCUGGUCAGAAUUCUACUGAACAGCAGUCAGUGAUGCAGGACAGGUCAAUCUCUGACAAGUUGCAACUUACCCAAGAACAAGUUCGCAUUAUCAAACAUGAUGUCAGAGUGGGAGAGAUCACAAAAAUUGUAGCUUUUGCUGGAACUGGUAAGACUACAACUCUUGUUGAGUACACCAAGAUGAGGCCUAAGGAACGAUUCCUUAAUGUGGCGUACAACAAGUCAAUUCAGGAACAUGCUGCUAACAUGUUCCCCAGCAAUGUUGAGAACCGUACAAUCCACUCGCUCGCCUACAGAGAAGUGGGAGUUAGAUACAAACACAAGCUUACUUGUGGCUUACGGAUCGGUACUAUCAUGGAUGCCCUUCCCUUCAAUUGCGGAUAUCUUCAUGCCCGACGCGUUGAAGAAACUCUUAAUAACUUCAUAGCAUCUGCGGACACCACUGUGAACCGCAAGCAUGUACCAGCAACCAAAAGAGCCUCAGUGGAUGUUUCUUCCUCAGAAGGAAGCGAGGUUCUGACAUCUAUCUUUGGUGAAUAUGGCUCAGAUACAAGUUAUUUGAACAGCGACCAGCACAUUCAGAAAGUUGUCUCACAUGCGCAUGGCUUAUGGGAGAGAAUGAAAGAUCGAGGAGAUGGAGAAUUUCCAAUCACUCAUGAUGGUUAUCUUAAGAUUUAUCAACUCAACAGGCCAGUUCUUGAUGGAUAUGACUGUCUCUUGGUCGAUGAAGCUCAAGACUGUACUCCUGCUGCGUCCGAUAUUCUUCUCAGUCAGUCUUGUGCCAAGAUUUUAGUGGGAGACCCUCAUCAGCAGAUCUAUGCUUUUCGCGGAGCAAGAAACGCUCUUCAGGAGGUGAAAGGCACCCACACACGCGUUGAAGAAACUCUUAAUAACUUCAUAGCAUCUGCUGACACCACUGUGAACCCCAAACAUGUACCAGCAGCUAAGAGAACCUUAGUGGAUGUUUCCUCUUCAGAAGGAAGCGAGAUUGUGGUAUCUAUCUUUGGUGAACACGGUACAGAUACAAGUUAUUUGAACAGUGACCAGUACGUUCAGAAAGUUGUCUCACAUGCGCAUGGCUUAUGGGAGAGAAUGAAAGAUCAAGGAGAUAAAGAAUUCCCAAUCACUCAUGAUGGUUACCUUAAGAUCUAUCAACUCAACAGGCCAGUUCUUGAUGGAUAUAACUGUCUCCUGGUUGAUGAGGCUCAAGACUGUACUCCUGCUGCCUCCGAUAUUCUUCUCAGUCAGUCUUGUGCAAAGAUUUUAGUGGGAGACCCCCAUCAGCAGAUCUAUGCGUUUCGCGGAGCAAGAAACGCUCUUCAGGAGGUGAAAGGCACCCACACGUUUUACCUCACUCAGUCAUUCAGAUUUGGUCCGGAGAUAGCUUAUGUUGCGUCUUGUGUUUUGGACGUGUUGAAAGGCGUGCGAAACAAGACUUUGGUUGGAGGAGCUAAGAAAGGCUCAGUGCUUGGUGAACAAUCCGGUCAGCUGUGCGUGAUUACACGCUGUAAUUAUACUCUGUUCAACGAGGCUGUUAAUGUGUGCUGUGCGAACAACGACAAAAGAGUUGGUUUUGUUGGGGGUCUUAAAAGCCUCGCGCUUGAUCGAGUGUUGGACAUCCACAAACUGUUUACUGCUGAUACAAACAAACCGCACUCAGGAAUCAAGGACGCUUUAAUCAAGAAAUUCCGUUCAUUUUCUGAAUUGAAGAAGUAUGCGAAAUGUGCUCCUGACCCAGAACUGCUUGGCAAGAUUAAGAUCGUCGAGACACAUCAUGUCAUGCUGCCGCAAAGGAUAGAGAAGAUAACUUCCAAAGCCGUUGGAAACCUACGGCAGGCGGAUAUUGUUUUCUCCACAGCACACAAAGCCAAAGGGCUUGAAUUCGACACAUUUGGUCCGGAGAUAGCUUAUGUUGCGUCUUGUGUUUUGGACGUGUUGAAAGGUGUGCGAAACAAGACUUUGGUUGGAGGAGCUAAGAAAGGCUCAGUGCUUGGUGAGCAAUCUGGUCAGCUGUGCGUGAUUACACGCUGUAAUUUUACUCUGUUCAACGAGGCUGCUAAUGUGUGCUGUGCGAACAACAACAAAAAAGUUGGUUUUGUUGGGGGUCUUAAAAGCCUGGCGCUUGAUCGAGUGUUGGACAUCCACAAACUGUUUACUGCUGGUACAAACAAACCUCACUUAAAAAUCAAGGACGCUUUUAUCAAGAAAUUCCGUUCAUUUUCUGAAUUGAAGAAGUAUGCGAAAUCUGCUCCUGACCCGAAACUGCUGAGCAAGAUUAAGAUCGUUGAGGCACAUCAUGUUAUGCUGCCGCAAAAAAUAGAUAAGAUAACUUCCAAAGCCGUCACAAAGUUACGGCAGGCGGAUAUUGUUUUCUCCACAGCACACAAAGCCAAAGGGCUUGAAUUCGACACAGUUCGUGUCACAGAUGAUUUUCUACCUGGAAUAGAGAUGGGUGUUCCAUUAUAUGACUAUGGUGAAGAUGAAAGAAACUUGGUGUAUGUCGCGGUGAGUCGAGCAAAGAAGUGCCUCCAACUCAAUAGUACAAUUCUCAACAUUCUUGGGUACAAAAAGGAACAUUUCGUGAAGGUGGUAUCACCGAAGGAGUUGUCUCAGCCGGCCUUCUGUUUAGACUGUGAGGAAGAUGUCGAGUUUUGUCCGCGGCCUCACGUUGUGAUUCAGAAAGAAAGUGUUGUACUGGGUGGAAACGUGAGAAAGGCUGGAGGCGUUCUUUGUCCUACGUGCGCUGCUGAUACAAUACCACAUUUAGGAUGUCUAGUUUCAGUAAACGAAGAAAUUUGAGCUCUUUAUUUUCAAGGGCAGAGUGUUAAUUGAAAUGAUGUAUGAAAGAGCAUAUAGAAUUAAAUGUAUCAAAAUUUGUACUUAUUUUAAGAUAGUUAUAAUGAUAUUAAUGCAUAUGAUAAUAACGGUAAUAAUAAGUAGUUAGAGGAUUAGUUUGAGCAUGAUAUCAAGAAUUACCAAAACCGACGCUGAGGCUGAUAAGACAGAUACGAGGUUUGAUAAUUCAUGAUAUCAUGUGAAAACCAAGUUCUAGAAUUGUUUCAUUAAACAUUUUGUAAACAAUCUGCAAAAGAAGACACUUUCCUUGAGUUUGCAAAAGUUUAGGAACAUAGCAAGGACGAAGGACUUGUAAAACAAGGCAGACUUUGAACUCGACAUGAUAAAUGCCUUAUCCGCAGCAGAUAUUGUAUUUAUCAUCAUAGUCAUUUUUACACGUUAUUG